CUAGAGGGUACAACUAAACAACAAACACUUCACCCAAACUUCCUUCACUUCAGACUUAUUAUAAAAGGAUUUAACCCUUAAUAACAACCAAACGAAGACUUUUGGAAAAAGGUGGAACCGUCUUUUAUAUUUUCUCAAGGAGUUACACUAGAGUCUUUUGGAAGUUGGAUGAGCGUGUUGUACGAAGGAAACUCCGAGAGAAUAACACGAUUCUCGCUUUAGAUUUUAAGUCUCGUGGUAUAUAUAUCAUGACAUCUGCAAAUUUCGUCUCUCAAUUCGAGCUAGGAAAUGAUUCUUUUUCAUAUGAAAGAAACCAUGAACAUUUCGGAACGCCAAAAGAAGAAACAAAAAAUACAUACAACGACAAUCCGAAUUUGAGGAUUUCUAUAAAUUCUCAAGUUUUACGAGAUGGAAAGGUAGUUGAGCUAAACGCUAUUGAAUUGUCUGGUGUUCGGUAUAUCGAAUUGCAAUAUGGUGAACACGUUGCUCUCCGUCGGUGUUCUGAUUCACACUUUAAUAUAUCUCAAAUUCUUCGUCUUGCCGGAACAAGUAGUCUUGAGAAUGCAGCGGAAUUGGAUGAAAUAAUCGAGAACGGUGAAUACGAAAACGUCGACAUCAAAGACCCUCAUGUUGACGGUGUUUGGGUUCCUUUUGGAAAAGCUGUCUCAACAGCGAAAAAAUAUGGUGUUUACGAGAUGCUACAGUCUUUAAUUUCAUUUAACUUGGAUUUAUUUCCAAAAUUGUCAAAAAGCCCAGAACAUCCUGAUAAGGACCCUCAAGAAGCAUAUCUUUCAAACAGGUUACCUUUACGGAAUCAUAACCAUAAUAAUCUAUCGAAGGUUGGGAAACCCUCUAAUAAUGCUGGAAACAUAUCGUCACCUUCAUUUAUGAAUAAACAAGAACAGAAAGCUGGAAAACGCUCAAAUAUGUACCUUUUGGACUCUUCUUCUAUCACCACUCCUGAAAACAGCAUCAAGCGACACAAGCUGCAUUCACCUGGCUAUUCGUAUCCUGCAUCAUUCCCUUCUGCAUACCUCCCAUCUACCCAACAGGAAGUUCAUCUCAAAAAGGAAAAGCUUGAAUUUCCGAUAUCAUUUUCCACACUGACCGCUAGUCUACCGCCCCUUGAUCAGAAUGUUAUGCACGACUAUAAUACCUCUAAGGAUGUUUUAACCUCAAUAUUCUUAGACUUAAAUAACUCGGACAUUAAGUUUGUUGAAUCCAAAUUGACAGAUCUUUUGGAUUUAGACGUUCCUAUUGACGAACUAGGACAUGCUGCUCUACACUGGGCAGCUGCCCUCGCGAAGAUGCCACUGUUAAAUGUCUUAAUUAGUAGGAAAGCGAAUUCACUACGUGGAAAUUUAACAGGAGAAACCGCUUUAAUGAGAUCUGUUAUGGUCACUAACCAUUUAAACCAGUCGUCUUUUCAUGAGUUGCUUGAUCUGCUCUAUCCUUCCCUAAACUGCAUCGAUCACGCAGGUCGUACAGUGGUUCAUCAUAUAUGUCUAACGGCGGGAAUCAAAGGAAGGGGCUCUGCAGCCAGAUACUAUUUGGAGACCCUUUUGAGAUGGGCUGACGCUCAUGCCACUCCAAGCAAUGGCUUUACAAUAGAAGAAUUCAUUAAAAAAUAUUUAAAUUACCAAGACAAAAAUGGUGAUACGGCUGUUAACAUAGCAGCUCGUAUCGGAAAUAAAACUGUUGUGGAUAUUUUGCUACAAGCAGGGGCUUCCAAAAGCAUACCUAAUCGGGCAGGCUUAACAGUUUAUGAUUUUGGAAUUUUUGGUGAUGAUGAGGCAAAGGAUAUUAAGGAAACUGUCAAUGUUUCCAACACUAAUAUAGAAAAAGAAAAAUUUGUGAUGCCCGCUCAGCAAAAAAGCAAAGAUAUUAUUACCUCGGUCACGGAUGUUAUUACUUCGUUAGAUAAAGAUUUUCAAGAUGAAAUGGCUGCGAAGCAAUCCAUGAUUGAUAACACAUACGCCCAAUUGAGAGAAUCUACAAGAAAGCUAGCAGAAUUUCGAGAGCAAUUGCGACGGUCAGAAACUCAUACUCUUAUGCUAUCAGAGUUGAAGCAGAGAUGCAAGAACUUAGAGCUAUCAAUUGAUGAACAGAAAAAUGAGUUGCUGGCUUUAGACAAAAACUUCAGUUCAGUCAGUUUAACUGAAACUGUUGAUGCGGAUGCGCCUUUCGUGGUGAACUCUAAAAAUACACCGUCUGUUACUGAAUUAAAGAUUCGCAUCGCUGCUUAUGAACGAAACGAAGCUCGACUUAACGCUCUUGCUGAAACUCUUCACCGUCGCAAUGCUAAUAUCAAAUCAAAAUGCCGUCGAGUAGUAUCCUUAUGUACAGGUGUUGAGGAGACCAAGGUUGACUCUUUACUUGAAAGUUUAUUGCAAGCAGUAGAGAGUGAUGGUCAACAAGGAGAAGUAGAUAUGGGCCGUGUUGCAGGGUUCCUAAGGGUUGUGAAGGAGCAUCAAGCUUAAAGUCUUUAAUAGUUUUUAUAUUGUGGCACUUGAUACAAGGUUAGCAGGAAGCAUUCUAAUUUCACAUAAAUAUAAAUAUAUAUAUAACUAGCUAAAGAAUAUUCCAGGCGAUAAUACUAAUAAUG